GCUCGCUCGGCCGGGUCCACCUCCCCGUGGGCUGACCACUACACCGAUCAGAGCCCAGCGCGAUCGGUUCUUUCCUGUGGCUCGUGGGGCCGCCGCGCUACUUCCCCGUGUGCGGGAGGGAAUUCUGGGCAGGCUGGUUUUCUUGGAAUGUGUUUACGAUGUUGAAUGGGACUUGAACAGGAAGCUGGACGCUGCAGCUGGAACUAGCGUGCCAGGUUCUAUGUGAUUGCAUCUGAUGUACAUAGGAGAGAAAGUGACUGAAGGAGAACUCAGAUAGCAGCUGCAUGACUGAAACUGUCCAAAGUCAAGUGUCAGUACAGUCUUUCAACUAUAUUUGAGUAUACCCAGGAUAUAAAGUGUGAUUGAACCAAACAUUUAUUUGGCUGAUUCUCAUCAUGAACCGUGCUUUUAGCAGGAAGAAAGACAAAACAUGGAUGCAUACGCCUGAAGCUUUAUCAAAACAUUACAUUCCCUAUAAUGCAAAGUUUCUUGGCAGUACAGAAGUGGAGCAGCCCAAAGGAACAGAAGUUGUGAGAGAUGCUGUAAGGAAAUUAAAGUUUGCAAGACAUAUCAAGAAAUCUGAAGGCCAGAAAAUUCCUAAAGUUGAGUUGCAAAUAUCAAUUUAUGGAGUAAAAAUUCUAGAACCCAAAACAAAGGAAGUCCAACACAAUUGCCAGCUUCAUAGAAUAUCAUUUUGUGCAGAUGAUAAAACUGACAAGAGGAUAUUCACUUUCAUAUGCAAAGAUUCUGAGUCAAAUAAACAUUUGUGCUAUGUAUUUGACAGCGAAAAGUGUGCUGAAGAGAUAACUUUAACAAUCGGCCAAGCAUUUGACCUGGCAUACAGGAAAUUUCUAGAAUCUGGAGGAAAAGAUGUUGAAACAAGAAAACAGAUUGCAGGAUUACAGAAAAGAAUUCAAGACUUAGAAACAGAAAAUAUGGAACUUAAAAACAAAGUACAAGAUUUGGAAAGCCAGUUAAGAAUAACCCAAGUAUCAACAUCUCCAGCAGGCAGUCUGACACCUAAGUCACCCUCCACUGACAUCUUUGAUAUGAUUCCAUUUUCUCCAAUAUCACAUCAGUCUUCGAUACCUGCUCGCAAUGGCACGCAGCCACCUCCAGUACCUAGUAGAUCUACUGAGAUUAAACGGGACCUGUUCGGAGCAGAACCUUUUGACCCAUUUAACUGUGGAGCAGGGGAUUUUCCUCCAGACAUCCAAUCAAAAUUAGAUGAGAUGCAGGAGGGGUUCAAAAUGGGACUAACUCUUGAAGGCACAGUAUUUUGUCUUGACCCGGUAGACAGCAGGUGCUGAUGCCAAGAAGAAGAGAUCCUGAUUCAUGUUAAAUUUGUUUUAUAUACGUAUAUAUCACUUGUUAUUACUUUAUGACAGCUAUUAUACAUGUGCCAAUAUAUUUUUGAAUAUCUAACUUUUUGAAAAUUAUUUCAGUAAAAUUUCCUCGUACAUUCACUGUUGAUCUGUAAUGAUUUAUUUUAAAAACAACUUGUUGAAAAGUAAAUCAUACUUUUAUGUUCCUUUCUAUCUGUUGUAGGUGAAUUUAUAAUUGAAAGACAAAUUAUCCAAGUAUCUGCCUUGUGUCUGAGUUCUAAAUAAUUAGCAUCUUGAAAUUUGUGUUCAUUCUCCAGGCUGCUAGUGUAUUAUUGAUUCCCAAAAGUCAUACUUUAAUGAUACCUUUGAAAGUCCUGAGGAGACAUACCAAUAUCAAAAUAAAUAUGUUCUAUAUUCAAACCAAUAAAUAUGUUAUUAUUCAUUAGACAUAUGCCAUUUUAUGUAUUAAAUGUUGUUCAUAUCAUUGGGAAAAUAUAAACUUUGAAUAUAAUGCCACCAGGACAUUUUUAGCAGGUAAAAAAAACAAAAAUAUAAAUUCCAAUAAAAAUUAAACCAAACAUAUUUAGAGUAUUUAUUAGUAAAAACAAGGUAAUAAUGUUAAUUAUUAUGAAUUUUACUCUAAAUAUUUUAUUUACUUCAUAAAUAAAGUUUGUGGGGAAAAAAUGAAAAUUUCUCUUUACUAAACACUUAAAAUUUAAUUUCUAAUGAGAUAAGUUAUAUUGCUAAACAUCUAAACAUCAUCUGAUCUGAUGUUUCCUAAAAGACAUUUGAAAUGUAUGCUGUUUAUGGUUGCAAUGUCUAUUACCCAUAUUUCCUUUACCAAAUAUAUUUUUUCUCACUGAAUAAGAUUAUCCAAUAUUUUCUCCUUUGAUAAAGACAUUUUCUCAGCAAAGCUUAUUUUGUGAUGCUCCCUUAGGUUUCAUACUUUAAAAUCUACGGCAAGUAUUCUUUGCGAGUCAUCAAUAAUAUUUAGCAAAUUUAAUUUGUAUUUGUUUUGUUGAAGGCAUAAUCUCAUUUUUCACAAAAAUCAAGUUGCUGCUUAGUAGUCUAACAUGAACAAUAAAAUUUUCUUGCACCUCAUUCUUGAUGUGCCAAUAAACCCUGACCUUAUAAAAAGGUUGUUUCCUAUGCCUUUGCCCAUUACGUACAGACUGUAAUUUGUACUCACUCCAACAAAAAUGUAUGGUUAAAUUUAUAAUGUGCUUCAUCACAUUAUGAGAAAAAUGAAUUAAAUUAAUGAAAAUGUGAGCUUAGAUGGGAGGUAGAUCUCAAAAAAAGAUUUUUCUUUUACUCGUGGAAAAUUUCAUCAAGUGAUAAAGGUACAUUUUCACUAGGAAAUGAAAUCAAAUAUGCUUAUGCAAUAUUAUAUUUGUAUGUAUCUUCAUAACGUUCUAUAGUAUAUAUAAGCCUUCUUGUUUGUUUUCUAUUAUCUGCUAAGUUGUACCUUAAUUAGAGGGUAGUAAAUAUUUCAUAAAGAAGAGUCUUUAUAAUUUUGUUUGUCAUAUAGUAUUUUGGAAUUUGUAUAAUGAGGAUGUUUAGAAGCCAUAUCAAUGGCUUUUUUUAACAGAUAGAAUUUGUAUUUUUAUUGUACUUUAAAAAGCUUUAUGUAAUAGGUAUAUAUUUAGUGGCCAUUUAUGGUUAACACAAUAGAGUAUACUAAAAUGGUAUUUGCACAUUUAAGAUAUGUUACUUUACCAAUUUUUAAUGGUAAUCAAUUCUACUACUGGCAUGAUUAAAUAAUACAUAAUUGGUCAUUAAUUAUGAACAUUUAUUUCACCAGUGCAUUUUUUUGAAGAUCCAGUUGAAAAUUGUAUUUCUAUGUAAACUCAAUGAUAUGUUUGAUUUUGCCAAGAAUAAAUGAUUUUAAAUAAA